AUGCAUCUGUCCCCCUAUCACAUUUUCUCCACUCUCACGUCGUUUAAUCGCUUCUUGCCUUUCAGCACCGACGACGCUGGCCACCUGUUCGACAGAAUGUCUCCACGGAAGAAGUGCAGCAGUACGCCGCCAGCGAGCGACGUCGACCACAUCAGCGCUCUCCCCGACAGUAUCCUCCACCACAUGCUCUCCUUCCUCCCAGCACAGGCGGUCGUGCAGACUUGCGUGCUAGCCCAGCGCUGGCGCCACCUCUGGAGGUCCACCACAGGUCUGCGCAUCGUCGGCCUUGCCGAGGACGAGAAAUUAAAUGUCAAAGACCUCCGGAAGGUCGUGGACCAUCUUCUGAUCCUGCGUGAGCGCACCGAUCUAGACACUGUCGAGAUUAAAGCUGCUUAUUUCUGUGAAGAAGACCAGCCCUAUGUGAGAACAUGGGUCCGUUUCGCUGUGAUAAACAAAGUUCGGGCGCUCUCCCUUACUAUCGAUGGCUCUGUCGAUCUCUGCCUAGGCAGCCUGCCUCUUGUCUCUCAGUAUCUGAGAACAUUAGACCUUGCAGGUGUAGUCGUGCAGGAUCUUGAUUUUACUAGCUGUCCAGCUUUGGAGGAUCUGAAGAUGAAUAACUGCAACAUUGGUGAUUAUAUAUCGUCCAAUUUCCUGAAGCAUUUGAGCAUCUCUAACUGCCAGUCCGACUUGGAUUGCCGGGUCCAUGUUUCUACUCCAGGCCUUAUCUCUCUGGAAUUAGUUGGCUUGGUAGGUAGAACACCUUUUCUUGAAAACAUGCCAUUGCUAGAGACUGCAUAUGUGGAUAUUAACUACAACUGCGAAGAUGUCUGUCUCAAAUAUCACUCUGGUGUUUCCUGUGGAGCUAAUGAUGAUGAAUGUGAGAAUUGUAUUCCUGAUAAUGAUGAUUGCAGCAGUGAUUGUGUAGUUCUGGGUGGUGUCUCAGAUGCAAAACACCUCAAGUUGAUAUCUGAAACUGGAAAGUUCAUUUUCACAAGAGACUUGAGGCACUGCCCUACAUUUAUCAAGUUAAGGACUUUAUUGCUCAACGAGUACUGGUGUGAGGCUCCUGAUUUGGAUCCAGUAGCUUGCAUUCUCAAAAACUCACCAGUUCUAGAGAAGCUCACUCUUCAACUUUUUUCCGAAGGGCCCAAUCAUAAAGUCGAAAUGAAAGGACGCUACAGUUCAAUGGAGCGACCGUCUGCAAUAUCAGAGCACCUUAACAUAGUUGAAGUCAAGUGUAGUGUGGUUGACGAGAGAACUCUCAAAGUUUUGAAGUUCCUGUCUGCAUUUAACAUAUGCUUCAGUUUCUGAGUAAGGGUGACAAGAACUGGACUGCCAGUGGAUCUGCCAUCGCUUGGCUAUUCCAAAAAUCCAAGGCUUAACCCUAUAUGCUGUGCCCGAUGUUUUCAUCUUUUUGUUUGCUUGUGCAUCUGUUGCUGAUUCUACUCAGAGGAACGGUGUAGAACCCGUGAUGCAUACGACCUAUGAACUUCAGAGAGUGGAGACUGGAGACCAUCUGGCUAGACUUCGCUGUACUGUAUAUACUGUAAUUUCGGUUCAUGCUUAAUUUACUCAGCUCUUCGGACU